AUGCUCCCCUUUGCUCACUUUGCUCCAUCUCACGGGUCCACGGUUUCCCGUGCGACCCGUUGCGGAGCGCUGGCCUCUGCCGGCCCCGGGCAACGGCAGAGGCCCGGGCAACCAGGGCAACCCGCAUUCCAUCGGCGCUUCGCUGAGCCCCCGACGUUUCCGACCUUCCUCAGAGGCUCUUCGCAGCUUUUCUGCGUGGGCGCGGCGGUGGCUGCUUCGUGCCGGCGCAGGCACGUUGCUUCGGCUGCCAUGGCCUCGGACGCGUCUUCGGGCCAGGAGACGGGCCUUCUGCUCAUUGAGCAUUUGAAUCUGAAUGUGCUGAGUACACAAGUUGCCCUGGAGUUCUACGAAGCUCUUGGAUGCUGCCGAGAUGCAAGGCGGCCAAUGACAAAAACAUUACACAGUAACUGUGGCUCGUUGACGCAGUUUCAUACGCCGUCCCCCGAGAACGAAGUGUACAUCGCAGGUGAUGGGGCUCAGGUGUGGCGUGGCCAUGUGGAGCUGCUCUACGACAGCCGUGCCUCACUCGAUGCUGCGGCCACGCGAGUGGAGCACUUGCGGCAAAAGGCUGAAUUCCAAGGCACCAGCCUACGAGUUGAAGACUGGAAUGAAGAACUGGAGGAGCUUCGAGUCUCCGAUGCUUAUGGCAAUGUUUUUGCUCUUCGGGUGGCAUCACCUGCGGCAGCCGCGGCCAUCAGCCUUGGAGCUCGACCAGGAACAGAGAACUGCCAGGUCCUGGGCAUCGGCUCUGUGACGCUGCAGGUCCCUCCCGGCACCGCAGAGCGCGGGGCCAAGUUCUACGCCGAGCUCCUGGGCUUCACUCCGGUUCCAGAGCGGAGCGGGACCUGGGCGUUGCUUGGCGGCCCGCGGUCGGCACAGCGUCUGCGGUUGGAGGAGGAUGCUGGAUGCAGCGGGCGUGAGCUUGGGGAACACCUGGCCAUCUAUGUGCGUGACUUUGAUGUCUGUUUCGAACGCUUACGUGAGCGAGGCCUCAUUUGGGUGAACCCUCGUUUUGUGCAUCUCGACAAGUCGACCAAUCUGGAGGAGGCGAGGCACUAUAACUGUUUCCGCUUCAAAGACAUCAUCGAUUUGGAAAGUGGCAAGAAGCUUUUCGAGCUAGAGCAUGAGGUUCUGGUCUUGAUGUUCGGCCCGCACAUGCCCUGCAAAUCGACUCAAUGCAAGGACAGUGUAAGUGUAGGUCGGAGAACUCAUGCGAUGCUACCAGGUGCGCUCGACCGGGCACAAAAGCUGCCCUUUGAGAACAUAGACACUUCUUCUUGGCCCGAGCAGAAAAAGACUUCCGUGCGAUUUCCGUUCGGUAUCAGCGGUUGUGAGGAAAGAGAAGAGCACUUGAGCACAGUCCAUGUGCCACAGUUUCCACGAUGGCCUGGGAGGAUUUUCGAUUGGUUCCACCAUCCGGCCCCGGCGAUGCUACUUGACUUUGUUUUUAGUGCGGCAUGGGUCGAGCUUGCACAACCAGACUUAGCACUUGAGCUGGCAAUCAACUCAGUUGUUCGCACGAGGCUUUCUCAUUUCGGCAGCUUGACACGAGGCCUGGGUUGUUGUUUGUGA